AUGUCCUGCUUUAUCACAAAAGGCUACAAGACUAGUUUGGUUGUUUCGCUGAUGGUUUCUCUAAUGCUAGGCUUCACAUAUCACCGCAUAGUAAUCCAGUCUUUGAAACCUGAUAUUCCUCAAAUAUAUUCAAAACACACUGCUUCAUUCAUGGACUCGUAUGGAUCCAACGUCAGUCAUAUUUCUGAGAAAGACUUUGAAAUAAACCAGGUUUUUGAAACCAUAAAUAACAGUAUCACAAGUGUCCCUUUUACACAUUUCAAUCUGACAACGAGUGCUAAAAAGAGCAGAGCAACUAUAUUCCAUUACGGACAACAGUAUUGUAACGGAGAUUCUUUAACUGUCCGUGUUGAUAUGUUCAACUAUUUGGGACAAAGGAAGACAUAUGGAGGAGAUUUCUUAACAGCACGCAUCUAUUCCACCGAUCUUGGAGCUGCUGCUUCUGGAAGAGUUGAAGAUUUUAAUAAUGGAUCUUAUAAUAUCCAUUUCAUUCUAUCUUGGGAAGGAAAUGUGAAAAUAUCAAUUAUUUUAUAUCAUCCAAGCGAGGGUGUGUCUGCUUUAUGGAGAGCUAGGAAUAUGGGAUACAAAAAUAUUAUAUUCACUGGAAAAUUUCUCUAUAAAUCUCAGGAGAUUGAGACAUUUUGUGGAUUUAAUUUAGAAUCACAAGAAGAUAAAUGUGUGUAUGCAGAUAAAAGAGAUGGUGAAUUUUUCUACUGCAUCAAACCUCCAAAUGUACCAUGUGAGGCAUUAAUCUCAAUGAAGUCUGACAACCAUCAUUCAUAUCUUACCAAAUCGGAAAUGGCCAUUUUUACCCGGUCAAAUAUUGGGGUAACAAUUCCCAUGGACACUGGAAGCAUUGCUGUUGCGAGUUGUCAAAGAAACAUUACAGAUGUAAAACCAAAAUGUAGAAUUGGGAUGCCUAUGCCAUAUCCAAGUGGAUAUUUCUUAAAUAAUGUAUGGCACUCAAACUUCUGCAACCUUUCUUCUUAUGAACCAUUGUCCCAUAUUGAUGAAUGUUUGACUGGAAAAUUGAUUUAUCUUAUGGGAGAUUCUACCCUUCGUCAGUGGAUUGAAUACUUCCAAAAACAUAUGAAGAGCCUCAAGUUUUUUAAUCUUCCUGGACAUGGCUUACAUAAACGAUAUUUAGCUCUGGAUAUCGAUCGGAAUAUAUAUAUUCAGUGGAAGAAGCAUGGACAUCCAUUUGUCAGCACUGUUGGCUACACUGUCAAAGACUGUGCUUACAUUGCCCGUGAAAUUGAUGAACUUCCUGGUAGUCCAAACACCAUCAUUGUUAUUACACUUGGACAACAUUUUAGAGGUUUCCCUGUACAUUUGUUCAUCAGAAGACUACUGAAUGUUAGAAGGGCCAUUGAACGUAUUUUUCUACGAAGCCCCGAAACCAAGGUCUUCCUAAAAGUAGAGAAUUCAAGGGAUAUGAACACAGAUGUUGAACGAAUUAGUGAUUUUCAUGGCUACAUUCAAUAUUUAAUUCUUAAAGACAUAUUUAAAAGGCAUAAUGUUGGAGUGAUUGAUGCUUGGGAAAUGACAAUAGCCUUUGCUUCUUACAAUCUUCAUCCUCCUGAGACUGUCAUUAGAAACCAAAUCAACACAUUCUUGUCAUAUUUAUGCUAACUUGUCAUUUACUUAUAUAGAUAGAAUG